GCUGAUCAAAGUCAACGGGCACUCCCUACUGCUGAACCCAUCCGGCUUGGAAACGUGAUCAAAUUAUCAAUUAACUGAUAUACAUGCACACUUGCAGUCAAUCAUGAAGACUUCCGAGGCUGAAUUUCUGAAAAAUCUCUCGGCUCGUUCAUAUCACUCGAUUGCAGACUCUGAAAGGCGUAAUUUUCCCGCCAAUACUGUGGAUGCCGCAUACAUAUCCAUAAAAGAUGACGAUGGCAGCUAUACAAGAGUACCGCAAAUGCCUUUCGGUAUCAUUCGGGACAAGGCAGCAGGAGGCGACUUAUCCACGAAUAAAAGACGAAAACGGUCAUCUCAAAGCAAAGGACGGCCACAAAAUGGAGCCUCUGGCAGUGCCAUAUUAUCCGAGAAACGACGAACACAGGUACGCCAAGCCCAAAAUAGGUAUAGACUCAAAAAGGAAGUGAAGCUUCAAAGCUUGCAAAGACAUGUGGACGAUCUAGCGCAAAGAUUAGACGAGACAUCUCGGAAUUUCGCUGAUCUCGAACAAGUUGCACUGAAGUAUAAUAUAAAGGAAACGCACCCGGAGUUAUUUGCGUGCUUAGACAAAAUGCGCCUCCCUAUAAAUGGCAUCCAGACUGAUGUCAUAACAGCGACCGACCGUGAAAAUCACCGGGACACUCCGGAUUGGUAUCACUUGGGAGAUAGUAGUUCUCCUCAUGAUUUUAUGGACCCUCUUGAAAUGAUAGACAGCGAUGAGAUAGAAGAUUCCGAACCCCGAAUCCACGUGGAAGCCGAUAUAAAAUCAUCAUAUGUCUAUUCUGGAGAAGCAAUCUACACGUCCCGGCAUGCUUGGCGCCCAAAGGUGAAAAACAAUAAACCUCAAAGAAUACAAAGACCAAUCAAUAGCAACUCGAGCUAUACUUUGUGCUUUCAAGAGCCUGAUUUCACUCGCCGACUGCACCGGUAUUGCUUGGAGUAUGCUUUUCAAAUAUUCGCUGACACAACUACGAGUCCCAUGGACUUUUACCGAGUUUUCCGACUUGUUCCUUGUAUUCGUGACCGGUCUAAUAUGUAUCCUCACUUCCGAAGACUUGUACUCCGUGGUCGAAAUAGGGAGCCCCUUGAAAUCCCAAAGCUGCCGUUGUAUUGUAUUGGAGGCGCCGGCACGCACUACCCUCAGAGGGAUGAGAAAGGAAAUCCAAUAUAUCCCUCAAAGAUGCGGCUACCUGGAAGGAUACUAGGCAUCAUGCCGGAAAGUAAUGAGAUCUUCUCAAAACGAACACGUCUGCGAAACCUUGCUCUCUUUGGAUACGACGGUGAAUGGUUUGACUGCAAUGACGUGGCAGGGUACUUGGAAGAAAUUGGAGUUGACUUGAGAAGUGACCAACUAUUCGCGACUAUCGACUGUGCAAACGAACGAAUGCCAGCGUUCAUUGACGUCAGUAUAAAUCGAGAUCUACAAGAGAUAGAUAUCCAUCCUUCACCAUGCGAUGAUACGACUCAGUAUGUUCUUGAUGUUGAAUCUUUCUUUACUACACUUCUUCAAGGGGUUGUGCUUUUGGGCAGAGCGCCUGGUUUUAGGAAAUCCGACGUGGACAUAGCUUUCAAGUCCUCUCUGCGUAUGCGGCAUGUUAAGUGAUUUCGAAUGGUGCUGCGAGCCUUUAGCUGAUAGGUCCUUGAUGCCAAGCCCAUUAUGGAUCUCUUCAGAAUAACUUUUUUCUUGAAUGGCGAUUUUAAGAUUAAGGGAAAUGUUCUCGACCUGCGCUGACAAUAUUAGGACCCCUCUUGUUAUAACUAUUUUUAGCUUCUCUCCCAACCUAAUUAACUCUUCUAUACUCGUAGGAUGAAAAAAUUUUUCAAUGAUGUCGCAUGGUAUGUCACAAUCCAAUAAGCUCUUACUUUACUGUCGGCAUUAGAGAUACUAGCAAAUGGCAUUCUCUAUUACAACAUUGAUCUGU